UGUCUGUGUCUGCAGUGGCCGCCAUCGAUAAAGUUGUUGUUCUGCCAACAUGGCGGCGCCCGUGGUGACUGGCCGGGCCGUGUUCGCCUAGGUGGGAACCGAGGCGUAAGGAGCCGCAGGCCAGAGCCUGUGAGCAGGGCCUUCCCUCUUUUUGAAGAAUGGCUCCUUCUUGGCAGAGGCUGGGUUUAUAUGCCUCUCUUCUGAAAAGGCAGCUACAUGAUGGUCCAGAUGUCAUCAAAUGGGGAAGGAGAGUGAUUCCAGGAUGUUCCAGAGGUAUUUACAGUGCCACGGGAAAGUGGACCAAAGAGUAUACGCUGCAGACAAGAAAGGAUGUGGAGAAAUGGUGGCAUCAACGAAUAAAAGAACAGGCCUCCAAAAUUUCAGAAGCUGAUAAAUCAAAGCCCAAGUUUUACGUGCUUUCCAUGUUCCCUUAUCCUUCUGGCAAGCUGCACAUGGGCCACGUGCGUGUGUACACCAUCAGCGACACCAUUGCACGCUUCCAGAAGAUGAGAGGGAUGCAGGUUAUCAAUCCCAUAGGAUGGGAUGCAUUUGGAUUGCCUGCCGAAAAUGCUGCGAUCGAGAGGAAUCUACAUCCAGAAAGUUGGACACAGAGUUCUAUAGGCUGGGAAGUCCGAGAUCAAGGCACUUGCAGAUUUGGUGUCUGUAAUAUUAGACACAUGAGGAAACAACUUGAUCGACUGGGCCUGUGUUUCAGCUGGGAUAGAGAAAUAACCACGUGUUUACCAGAUUACUACAAAUGGACUCAGUAUCUCUUUAUUAAACUGUAUGAAGCUGGACUGGCCUAUCAAAAAGAGGCCUUGGUUAACUGGGACCCAGUGGAUCAAACAGUGCUUGCCAAUGAGCAGGUGGAUGAACAUGGCUGUUCGUGGCGUUCUGGAGCGAAGGUGGAACAGAAGUACCUCAGACAGUGGUUUAUUAAGACAACUGCUUAUGCAAAGCCCAUGCAGGACGCGCUGGCAGACCUUCCGGAAUGGUAUGGAAUAAAAGGCAUGCAGGCCCACUGGAUCGGGGACUGUGUGGGCUGCCAUUUGGACUUCACAUUAAAGGUUGAUGGGCAAGUCACAGGAGAAAAGCUGAGCGCCUACACGGCCACCCCCGAGGCCAUUUACGGCACCGCCCACGUGGCCAUCUCUCCCAGCCACAGACUCUUACAUGGGCACAGCUCUCUGAAGGAAGCCUUUCGGAAGGCUCUCAUCCCUGGCAAAGAUUGCCUCACGCCCGUGACAGCUGUGAACAUGCUCACCCAGCAGGAAGUCCCUGUUGUCAUCUUGGCCAAAGCUGACUUUGAGGGCUCUCUGGAUGCAAAAAUAGGAAUUCCCAGCACCAGCUUAGAGGACACUGUCUUAGCCCAAACCCUGGGCCUGUCGUACUCUGAAGUCAUUGAAACCAUGCCAGAUGGCACGGAGAGACUGAGCAGCUCUGCGGAGUUCACAGGUAUGAACCGGCCGGAUGCAUUUCUAGCCCUGACUCAGAAAGCCCGGAGGAAGAGAGUGGGCGGAGAGGUGACAAGUGAUAAACUGAAGGACUGGCUGAUCUCUCGGCAGCGGUACUGGGGCACGCCCAUCCCCAUGGUCCACUGCCCAGCCUGCGGUCCUGUGCCCGUGCCUCUGGAGGACUUGCCUGUGACCUUGCCCAGCAUCACCUCUUUCACUGGCAAGGGAGGCUCCCCACUGGCCUCGGCUUCGGAGUGGGUGAAUUGCUCCUGCCCUAGGUGCAAGGGAGCAGCCACGAGAGAGACAGAUACGAUGGAUACCUUUGUUGAUUCUGCUUGGUACUACUUCAGAUAUACCGACCCUCAGAAUACUCAGAGCCCUUUCAGCACAGCGUUGGCAGAUUACUGGAUGCCUGUGGAUUUGUACAUUGGAGGGAAAGAACAUGCUGUCAUGCACUUGUUCUAUGCAAGAUUCUUUAGUCAUUUUUGCCAUGAUCAAAAAAUGGUCAAGCACAGAGAGCCUUUUCAUAAACUGCUGGCCCAAGGCCUUGUCAAGGGGCAGGCGUUCCGCCUACCAUCUGGACAGUAUCUACAGCGAGAGGAAGUAGAUCUCACAGGUUCUGUUCCUGUUCAUGCAAACACGAGGGAGAAGUUAGAGGUGACUUGGGAGAAGAUGAGCAAAUCCAAGCACAAUGGCGUGGACCCCGAGGCCGUUGUGGAGCAGUACGGCAUUGACACCAUCCGGCUCUACAUCCUUUUCGCCGCCCCUCCUGAGAAGGAUAUCUUGUGGGAUGUAAAAACCGACGCUCUCCCUGGGGUGCUGAGAUGGCAGCAGCGUCUCUGGUCCUUGGCAACUCGAUUUAUCGAGGCCAGGGUUUCUGGGAAGGUUCCCAGGCCUCAGCUGUUGAGUAACGAGGAGAAAGCCGAGGGCAGGAAGCUGUGGGAGUACAAGAACUCCAUCAUCUCUCAGGUGACUGCCCAUUUCACAGAGGACUUCUCACUGAAUUCUGCGAUUUCUCAACUGAUGGGACUCAGCAGUGCCCUCUCGCAAGCUUCUCAGAGAGUUGUUCUCCACAGCCCUGAGUUUGAGGAUGCUCUCUGCGCCCUGAUGGUGAUGGCUGCUCCCAUGGCCCCUCACAUAACCUCGGAGCUCUGGGCAGGCCUGGCGCUGGUGCCAAGGAAGCUGUGUACUCACUACGCCUGGGACACCAGUGUGCUGCUUCAAGCCUGGCCGGCUGUGGACCCGCAGUUCCUCCAGCAGCCCGAUGUCAUACAGAUGGCGGUUCUGAUCAACAACAAAGCCUGCGGCAAAAUCCCUGUGCCCCAACAAGUUGCCCAGGACCAGGACAAAGUCCACGAACUGGUUCUCCAAAGUGAACUGGGUGUCAGGCUCUUACAGGGGCGAAGCAUCAAGAAGGCCUUCCUCUCCCCCCGAACCGCCCUCAUCAACUUCCUGGUACAGGAGUGACUGCAGGGAUGCUGCGGCUACCACGAGGGCUUGAGGCACCUCCUCCAGAUGUGCUGUGAGGAGGUUAACAAGCAGGGCCCCACUUUACGGAUGGGCAGACUGAGGCUUGGAGCUGUCGGGGAACCUGCCUGAGGUCGCCAGCUGGUGAGUGUCUGGAGGUGGGUGCUGUUGGUUUCCGUUUCAUGAUCUGGGUGCUGAUGGCAGAGUUUAUGAGGAUUUGUUGACCUGUAUGCUUAAUGUGUAUGAGUUUUCAGAAUCUCUAUUUCCUCAAAUGUUCACUUUUUUUAAGAAGUCUAUAUAAGCUACAAGGAUAUAUAUUGUACAACACAGGGAAUACAGCCAAUAUUUUAUAAUAACUAUAUAUGGAAUAUGACCUUUAAAAAUUGUGAAUCACUGUAUUGUACACCUAUAACUUAUAGAAUAUUGUACAUCAAUUAUACUUUAAGAAAAAAAAAAUCUAUAACACCAAGUGCUAAAAGCAAAAAAAGCCAGUCAUGACCUACCCAGCAGAACCCUGGGCCAGCCUCCCACAGCUCAGAGGCUCCACCGCCCCACAGGGACGGUGCCCACCAGGAUGCGUGAGGUCACGAGCUCUGGUACACAGUAAGUGCUUAGCACAGGAUAGUUCCUUUCUCUUCCCCUUUUCCGCGCUUUCCUGGCCUGAGACAGGGCCCUGCGGAAGGGAGCAGAGAAGGAGAGGAGGGUUCAGAGACCUGACCUUGGCUUCCCCAUUUCCCCUCCCAGACCCCUCCCUUUCCCUGCGGCCACAAAUGACUGCCAGGUGGUCACAGGUGGGGCAGGUGAGCUGAGGCACAGCCCCAGGGCCAGGGCAGGGGUCAGAGGUCUGGGCGGGGGCCUGCCUAGGGUAACGACAAACAGGAGCCUCCCAGAGGGUGGACUUGGAGGUCAGGGAGAGGUGGGGGCAGGGGGCGGAGGGGUCUUCGCUUCCCAGAUCCCAUCUCGCUUUUAUCCAGGUGCUGAUCUUUCAGUGCAAGAGCUAGGAAUGUGAGUUGGAGGCCUCUCCCCACGCACUCUACCUGUGUCCCUCCUCCCCGCAGGAGGUCCAGGACAGAUUCUGGGUGAGGACCGAACACCGGGUCACCCGCAGGGUUGAGCUCCCCCGCAUCUGUUACUGCAGCCCCACAAGCUGCCAUAAACCUCUGAUCAGCCGUGCUUUGCUCUGUGCUGUGCUAAGCGAAGUGUACCUGGAAAUGAAUAAGACGCCGUCUCCACAUGAUGGGUCCACUCCCUCCCACCGCUGCCUCUCCACACUCCUCCGAGGUCACUCUGCUCCAGAAACACUGGCUUCUUUGCUGUUCCCCGGGCACACCGGGCACAUUCCUGCCUCAACAUCUCAGACUUGGAGUCCCUCUACCAAGAAAGCCCCUCCCCGGGUCACUCCUUCUCUCACCCCCUGCUGGUCUCUGUGCUCGUAAGGUCUUCCCUGACCAUCCUAUACCAAAUACCACCCCAUCCCCAGCAUCCCCUACCCCCUAGCAAAUAAUGACACAGUUUGCAUAUAUAUCUUAUCAUUUGUCUCUCCUUCCAGAAGGUCAGCAUCGUGAGGGCAGGGACUCAUGCAGCCUUAUUUUAUUUAUUUACAGCAAUUUUAGUCUCUGUUGUGUCUCAGACCCAGAACACCAUCAGGCACACAGUAGGUGCUCAGUAAAUAUUUGCAUGAAUGAUUCUAGUCCUAAGUGGGCUCAGUGACCUUGAGCAAGUUGUUAAACCCAGCAGAGGUUUUUAUUUCCUUAAUUACAAAUUGAGGGAAUUCCCUGGCUGUCCAGUGGUUAGGGCUCCGCGCUUCCACUGCAGGAGGCACGGAUUCGAUCCCUGAUCAGGGAACUAAGAUCCCACAUGCCAUACAGCAAGGCCAAAAAAAAAAAAAGUAUAACAAAAUUGACACAGUGAUGCCAGCUGCUGGGUGAGAUGGGCGUCCUGGAAGGGAAAUCUGCUGAAAAUAGUCUGGGGAUAUUUUGUAAACUAGAAACUGUUGAGCAGCCCUAAGUAACAGUCUGGGGGUUUCUCUGCCGGGGAACAAAAGGACAGCAACAGGAUGGUUUCCUGCUCUUUCAGUUAAGCCUUCAGUUCUGGCCUCUCUUGCCUGGGCUGCCACAGAGUCAUUGUUAAACAUCAGUCAUGGGGCAUUAUUGGAGCACAUCAGCCUCUUGCAAAUAUUGUUUGUGUGUGUUUUAAAGUCUUGGUUGUCAAGAGUUGGGCUGACCCUAAGGACUGGAAGCCCUCAGAGGAGAGAGCUUCAAGUAAAGGCCACAGGGAGAUGGUGAGAAGGCAGUGAGUUGCUGCUGGCGGAAGCGCUGUGGGUUUAUUUUUAAAUCUGGAAAGGAGAGGUGAGGGAGCAAAAUGUGAUUCAGUAAUCGGGGCCCAGCAGUCCCUGGCCUGUUGCUGGAUAUUUCCCCUGAGGAAGGAAUGAAAAGGAACUAAGGUUUCUAUUUAUCAUAAGGCUGGGGCCAGAGCCCACGGGAGCCAGGCAGGGUAGAUGGGCGGGGGACAGCCAUAGACCAAAAAGAGCCUGUUGCUAUGUUGGUGGUUGUGGACACUGGCUGUGGAUCACAAUGACCCUCUCUGGGCCAGAGCCACAAAACCACUGGACAGUAGCAUAAUGCAAGACUGGAAAACAGUGACCCAUGGGCCAAAUCUGGCCCACCACCUGUUUUUAUAAAUAAAGAGUUUUAUCGGAACACUGCCAUGCUCGAUUAUUUAUGAAUUUUCUGUGGCUGUUUUUGCAGAGUUCAGUAGUUGCAACAGAGACUCUAUGGCCCACAAAGCCUAAAAUAUUUAUUAUCUGGUCCUGCACAGAAAAAGUUUGUUGAACCUCAGAAUGAUGGGAGGGACACUGGGCUUGGGGAGUCUGAAAACCUGUCUUAAGUUCUGGUGCACCUGUUUCCCAUCUGGUGCCCUCAGGCAAAGCUUUAGACUCUCCAAGCCUCAGUUUUUAUACCUGUGAAAUUGGGUGUUAAUGCUCAUUCUACCUACUUGUCAUGAGUGUUGAAUAGAUAAUGUAUUUAUUAUAUCUCCUUGUAUUAUUUUUCAUGGAUAUUUGAGACAUUACAAUGUCCAACCUUAACCAAUAAUAGUCUUCCUUGAGUUAGUGUUGUAAUCACUUCACAAUGGACAAAUCGAACUGUUCUGACACAACUAUCCCCUCCUGUCCUUUUGUCAAAUUAUUGUCAAAUUAUUAGCUAUUGUCAAAAUUAUUUAUACAUAUGUUAUAAAUCCCACACAAAUUGCUUAUUAUUUUUGCUUUAAAAACAAAAAAAAAUAGUCUUUUAUAUUUACCCAAAUACUUACCAUUUCUUAUAUUAUUGAUUCUUCCUGCAGAUCUGGCCUUCAGUCUGAGAUAAUUUCCUGUUGGCUUAAAGAAUUUUCUUUGGUAUUUAUUUUUCUUUUUUAAAUAAAUUUAUUUAUUUAUUUAUUUAUUUAUUUUUGGCUGCAUUGGGUCUUCAUUGCUGUGUGCAGGCUUUCUCUAGUUGUGGCAAGCUGGGGCUACUCUUCAUUGCGGUGCACGGGCUUCUCGUUGCGGUGGCUUCUCUUGUUGUGGAGCACGGGCUCUAGGCACGCAGGCUUCAGUAGUUGUGGCACGUGGGCUCAGUAGUUGUGGCUCGCAGGCUCUAGAGCGCAGGCUCAGUAGUUGUGGCGCACAGGCUUAGUUGCUCCACAGCAUGUGGGAUCUUCCAGGACCAGGGAUUGAACCCGUGUCCCCUGCAUUGGCAGGCAGAUUGUUAACCAUUGCGCCACCAGGGAAGUCCUUCCUUUCUUUUUUAAAAAAUAGAUUCACAUGCAGUUGUAAGAAGUAAUGCAUACCCUGAGAAAACCAUAAUUCAAAAAGAGACAUGCACUACAAUGUUCACUGCAGCGUUAUUUACAAUAGCCAGAACAUGGAACCAACCUAAAUGUCCAUCAACAGAUGAAUGGAUAAAGAAGAUGUGGCACAUAUAUACAAUGGAAUAUUACUCAGCCAUAAAAAGAAACAAAAUUGAGUUAUUUGUAGUGAGGUGGAUGGACCUAGAGUCUGUCAUACAGAGUGAAGUAAGUCAGAAAGAGAAAAACAA